CCAUGACAACGCGGCGCAGGCGGGGUUUUGGGUCCAUCAGUGCUCGGUUGGCAUCGCAGCUCGAAAAGCCGCCACAGUGCAUCACACACCCUGGGUGGAAUGGAAGAAAAGGACAAGAAAGAAAAUGGCGAGUACACCGGAGAGAUAAAGGGUGGCAUGCGGCCUUCAAUGAAACUGGUUGUUAUGGGAAUUGUUAACAAAAAACCCAAGAGCAUCGAGGUGACCCUGUCCAGUAAGCCUCGGGUGGAGGAGGACGCGGAGGCCGACGUGGGUCUUCAGCUGAAGGUCAGCUUCAUGGACAAGGCCGUCCAGCGUAACGCCCGUCUGGCUGGCAAGUGGGGCCCGUCUGAAAAUACCCUCUCCUUCUUCCCGUUUGCCCCCGGAGAAGCGUUCAAGAUGGAGAUUGUCUGCGAGCACCAGCAGUUUCGCAUCCUGGUGGACGGGCAGCCGCUGUGUGGCUUCACCCACCGGCUCAUCCCGCUCGCCUCCCUCACCGCCCUGCGAGUCUUCGGAGAUCUACAGCUCACCAAGGUGGCCUAACACCAGCAUCGCCAGCCCCGCAGAUCCAUAACACGAGGACGUCCCCGGGAGGCGGGGGGACAGUAUACAUACGAUUUAUACCAUUAGAAUAUAGAGCCACUUCUCCAGUGAAUAAAUUGACCCCGUGGUGGGAGUCUUGUGUUUUCCGCCACCGAACAAAAAGUUAUCCCUGCCUCGUAGUCGCGUGUUCAGACAAAGUGCCUUCACUAGAUUACCUGUUUGAGGACUUGAAGAAAGUGACUGAACGCAACAGACUUCAAAGUCUGAAAAAAAUCCACCGAGGAAUGUGAUUUGAACGGACGUGAAUUUACAGUCUUAAACAACGUGGGUUUGAGCAAACAAUGUUUCCCCCCUGAUGAACAUUUGCACAAACAUGAGGUGUCCCCAUUUUCCGAGCGUCAGGCUUUGUGCACUGAAACGAGAUUUCAGACGUUUGUCUUUAAUUUCUCCGGAGUUAACCCUUUGAAAGCACUUACGUUCGCGAGCGCCUGCAUGAACAUGAAUGUCUCCGAAGCCAACCGACUGUCGCUCCGCGGCCGACUGCGUACUGUAACAGGUGUGACGACGUUAAACGGUUGACAUUAGUGCAUGUCAGUGACACACACACACACACACACAAGGUCUGUUUGCCUUCCAGGUUACACACACACACACACACAACUGGAAGGGGUUAGGUUUUGAGUUGGACACACUUUCCGUUCUUGUACCAUUCAUCCUCUUAAGCUUACGUUCUUAAAGGAUUUUUUUUACCUAAAAAGCCUUUAACUCUUACCGGUUUCUGUACUUUUUAAUUUACCACUUGCACUUUUCAUGUGAAUGUUACCUAUUGACUUUACUUCACUGCAAUAAAUCAAUUUCGUUGUUAUCUUC